GGGGCGGGCGGCGCUGCCCGGGCGGCGGGACGGGGCGGUGAGUAACGGGCCGCGCUGCCCGGGCCGGCGAGGAACGGGCGGCCGGACCGAGCGGCAGGAGGGCGAGGAGAAGAAGAGCGUGGCGGCCGUGAUCCCCGUCCCCGAGGCGUUCCGCCUGGGUGCAGGGGAGCGAUGAUGGCGGCGGCAGCCGAGCUGGAGUCCUCGCUGGAGCUGAGCCUGACGGGCAGCGGCGCGCUCCCCGGCGGGCUGCCCCCGGCGCGCUCCCGCAUCUUCAAGAUCAUCGUCAUCGGGGACUCGAACGUGGGCAAGACGUGUCUCACGUACCGCUUCUGCGCCGGCCGCUUCCCGCAGCGCACCGAGGCCACCAUCGGCGUGGACUUCCGUGAGCGGGCGGUCAGCAUCGACGGCGAGCGCAUCAAGAUCCAGCUGUGGGACACGGCCGGGCAGGAGCGCUUCCGGAAGAGCAUGGUGCAGCACUACUACAGGAACGUGCACGCCGUGGUGUUUGUGUAUGACAUGACAAACAUUGCCAGCUUUCACAGUCUGCCAGCCUGGAUAGAGGAGUGCAAACAGCACCUUCUUGCCAAUGACAUACCAAGGAUUCUUGUUGGAAAUAAAUGUGACCUGAGAAAUGCUAUUCAGGUACCUACGGACCUGGCCCAGAAGUUUGCUGAUACUCACAGCAUGCCCUUAUUUGAAACCUCUGCCAAAAACCCCAAUGACAAUGACCAUGUGGAGGCCAUAUUUAUGACACUGGCUCACAAGCUUAAAAGUCACAAGCCAUUAAUGCUUAGUCAACCCCCAGAUCGUGAUGAAAUACAUGUAAAGCCUGAACCAAAACCUACCAUGACCUGCUGGUGUUAAAUGGUGCUAUUAUCACCUUGUCUUGGUUGCAAAUGCUUCAAAAUCAUCUUGGCAAAGCUGCAGGUUUUGGUAGCAAUUCUAAAGAAUCUCUUUGGCACUUUAAUUUGGCUUUUUUUGGUUUGUUUGUUGGUUGUUGUUUUUUUCUUUCCCGGUGUAGGUGUGCCCCAUCUCAUGUUCUUGCACUUUGGUGAUCGUGCUUCCUGAAUUACUGAAGUUUCACUAUAAAUAUACAGGAAAGUAGACUUUCAAGUGAAGCUUUGACAAAGCAACUCGAGCUCUGUGCUGCCUGAGAUUGUCUUCGUGACUUGUGGUAAGGUUAGAAGUAGUAAGCUAGUUCACUAACCUCCUUUUUGUUGUUGUUGUUGCUACUUGCAAUGGAAUAAUAUAGGAGCAAAA